AUGCCUAGCUCACUAUGGAAAAAACGUUUGCCUGCUACACGACUCCUGCUGCGCCCUUGGCUUAAUAUCAAGGAAUGGUUGUCAGAAAUAUGUGAUUUAUCUGUUUUGGAAAAGGCAAUAUUCUCCACUCAGCAAUAUGUGUUAAAUGGCAGUUACAAGGACAAAUUGGUUAGCCACAAAAGGGGAAUUAAGAAUUUUCACAGGCUCAUUGUGAACAUUAUUCUGAUGAUAAAAGCAUGCCGAGGAUUCCGCAGCGCAUUGAAAGGAUUUGCAGGUUUUGACCUGACAGAGAAAGACUGUCGUCGGGAAAUUGAAGGUGACAUCAAAAGUGCCAAUGCUGUGUUUGAUCGACAUGAAUUCAGCGUUUCAAAGGAACAUUUCCCUUUUAGAGCCAUCCAAAUAACUAAGAAGCCACCAACAUGGAGGACUGAAUCAGAAAUAAAACACUUGCGCAACCGCUUACAGCUUUUAGAAAGUUACCGCCAAUAUAGCCCAACGCUGCAGUAUCUGUUGGCCAAAGUGAUUCGCUUUGAACGAUUUGGCCGCAGAAGAGUGGUCAUAAAAAAGGGGCAUGAAGCAACUGCCUUUUACUUCAUUUAUUAUGGUACAGUUGCUAUCACGGAUGAUGAUGAUGGUAGCAGUGCCUUUGUGGAAACAGCUCCAACUACGAUUCAGAGUGGUGCUUCUUUUGGUGAAAUUGCCCUUUUGCAAAAAACAAAAAGAAAUGCCACUGUCGUCUGUAUGGCGGAAACGGAAUUGCUGGUGGUGGAUAAAAAGGAUUUUUUUGCCUAUAAACUAGAUAAGGAACUUCAACGGGAAUUCAAAAUUCGCUACGAUUAUUUGAGGGCUAUAGAUCUUUUUCAAACACUGCCUGAUUCUUCAAUAGAUAAAAUAGCUAAUUACUGCAAAGUUGAGAGAUUCUAUUGUGGACAGGUGAUAACCACUGAUCUUGCAGAAACCCACUGUAUGGUAUUUAUUACCAAGGGCAUUUGUGAAGUAUUGCGACUGGUUAACCUGAGCACUUGUCCUUCUUAUCAAAAAUGGAUCGCUAAACAGCUGCAUUUUCCCAAAAACAAAACAUCCACAAAAGAAAGGCACCAAAUGGAUUCUGAGAUUGCCUGUGUUGAUAGAUUCAAAAGCAGCAUGUGGAACUCCUAUUCUGGACACAAAUUGAGGGACCUGAAAACCUAUUACUUACAGAGAAAGAAUUUAUCCUGUGAAAACCAUAAAAGAGAUGAGAAGCAGAUCUGUCGCUCCAAUAAGAGUUGUAAAAUAUUGGUCUUUGUUUGAGAGUAAAACCCUACAUCGACCAAGCAAGAUUUAAUAUCUAAGUUUAUUUGCUUAAAUUCAAGCAUCCUUCAGGAACUGGUACCAUCUGAUGAACAAGAGAUGGUGCAGAACGUUGUAUCAGGAGUAUUCAGACAGAAAUCUGCACACUCUACAGCCUAUGGAGAAAUGCCAAAUUCUGUUGCUGCAGCUGUAUAUAUCCGACUAGAUCAAUUCUAUAAAGGAGAUUACAUAGUAAAUCUGGAAGACAGUCGUGUCAUCGUCAUGGUCAGUCAUGGAGUUGAGCUAAUCCGACUGAAAAAGGAAAAGAUUGAGGCGUGGGCUGAUGACGUUAUUCUCAUGAAAUUGAACAAGCUAAAAGUUAAAUAUCCCAGUGACGACGAGCUGUGUCAGAUCUUCCUUCGACAGAAUGCCUGGGAAAUGUUUAAGAAAGAUCUAUUGAAACUUGUGAUGGAACCCAAACUCAUGAAGAUGGUAUAUCCUCCACAUCCAUGCCCUACAGCUGAAGUCUAUGAUUCCUGGAGUUUGAAUCAAGAAGGAGUCUUGGAUCUUUCUCCUUUGUGUUACAGAAUGCCAUAUCCACCACCUAAAGUCAAAUACGUUCCUGUUCAAUUAAGCCAAACAAGAGAAAGUCUACCAGUUAUUCUACCAAAGCUGAUUCAUGGCAUCUCAGUUGUGCGUCCCAAUUUGGAUGGUGCAUUUUAA